CAUUCCGAUCACCGCUUUCUCUCUCCAACCAAUAUGCGUGUAUAUAUAUCAAAGCCCUCAAAGUUAAUCUAAUAAGCAUUGGGUUGAAGGAAAGAACAAAAUGAUCACUAGGCUUUUUGGGUUUCUUGCACUUUACUGAAAGCACAUACGUAUAUGAAUGAAUGAAUGAAUGAAUGAAUGAUGUGAAUAGACCAGAGGGGGAGAUGGUGAAGGGUUACUCGUUCUUUGCUCUCUUCUUUGCCGUCGCCAUUUGCAUCAGUUCAAACACAGCUGAUUCUGUGCGCUCCGGAGACCCUUUCGCCGCCGUUCUUGGCAAGGAGAACUUUGGGUCUUGGACAGAUGGGGUACUGAAUGCAGACUUGGCGCAGGCACCGGGACCUGCCAAUGAGGGACUUACUUCCACGCUUGUAUUGGCGGGGAAUAGGACAAAGCGGCCAGACAUUCUUGCUAGGUUUCGCAAAUACAGAGGUGGAUGGGAUAUUGCAAAUAAACACUACUGGGCUUCGGUUGGGUUUACAGGUGCGGCUGGCUUCAUUCUUUCGGUGGUAUGGUUUGUUUCUUUCGGCUUGGCCCUCGUGGUACAUCAUUGCAUUGGAUGGAGCAUUAAUAUCAAGGGCACGGAAUCACACUGCUCGGAAAGGAUUUGCCUAAUCGUGCUUAUCGUCUUGACUUGCACUGCAGCGAUUGGAUGCAUUCUUCUUUCUGUUGGACAGGAUAAAUUUCAUGUUGAAUCUUUGGAUACUCUCAAAUUUGUUGUGAACCAAUCGGACUAUACUGUGCUGACGUUGAGAAAUGUGACGGAAUACUUGACGCUUGCAAAAACAGUUAAAGUGGCCCAGAUAUUCCUCCCGUCAAAUGUAAUGGAUGAUAUUGACCGGUUGAACGAAGACUUAAACGAUGCGGCAGAUAUGCUCGAGGAAAAAACAAAUGAUAACUCAGACAGAAUAAGAGGCGUCUUCAAUGUUGUUCGCACGUCAUUGAUCACAGUUGCAGCAGUGAUGCUUAUCAUUUCUCUUCUUGGUCUUUGCCUAUCUAUCCGAGGCCAUAAACACACGAUUCAUAUAUUCAUCAUUAGUGGAUGGUUGCUAGUUUCGGUUACAUUCAUUCUCUGUGGAGUUUUUGUCGUCAUUGACAACGCAAUUUCCGACACUUGUGUAGCCAUGGGAGAAUGGGUGGACAAUCCUCAUGCAGAAACUGCUCUUAGCAACAUCCUGCCUUGUGUUGACCAGAGAACCACAAACCGGACACUGGUCAAGAGCAAACAAAUCGUCGUUGACAUUGUAAACAUCGUCAAUGGAUUUAUAGACACCUACGCUAAUUCGAAUCCAACUGAUCCACACAACUCUAUUUAUUACAAUCAAUCUGGACCGUUGAUGCCUCAUCUUUGCUAUCCUUAUGACUCCCAGCUGCACGAUCUUCCUUGUUUCGAGCAAGAGCUUUCUAUGGAAAACUCCUCAUCGGUUUGGCAGAAGUACACGUGCAACGUGUCAGCCACCGGUUUCUGCAGCAGCGUAGGGAGGCUGACACCCGACAUGUAUGGACAGCUCGUUGCAGCGGUGAACAUCAGCUACGCGCUCCAACAUUACGCCCCGCCAAUGCUGAACCUGCAGAACUGCAAUUUUGUACGUGACACCUUCCGGAACAUCACCUCCCACCACUGCCCGCCAUUGGAACACCACCUCAGAACCGUGAACGCAGGGCUGGCAUUGAUCUCGGUGGGCGUCAUGCUCAGCCUUGCACUUUGGAUGAUAUAUGCAAACCGCCCCCAAAGGGAGGAAGCGUUUGCGAAGCUCUUCUUCAAGAAAAAUAGGGCGCCGCCAUGUUAAAGAAAGGAAAGGCCGCGAUUUUAGCAACCGAAGUGCCAUGGCUUUAGAGUUGUAGACAGCAUAUAGUAUCAAGAUUAGGUUACAGGGAAUAAUGUUAUGGCAUAGGAUCUGUGUUUGAUUGAUCUCUUGCAUGCCAGGCUCUAGAAUGGGGCGAAGCACCAUUGUUGAGUUUGAGGGCUAGGAGCCAAUUUAUUCAUCUACACUGGUUGUAACGUGUAUAUAGAAUACAGACUAAAUUUUGUUCUUCAUCUGAUUUACUUUGUGCAAUUUAACUUCUUUGUGAAAA